AUGGUUCCCAAGCGUGUACUCCUCUCGGACAUUGAUUUUUAUCGAAAUUUUUUGUUUUUGAUUUUUAAUCAUUUCAACUUCGAAAUGGCUAGUUCUGUGACAACUUCUUUGAAUUUUUCAAAUUUGGAAAGCCCAAAAUCGAAUUCUUCGUCUCUUUUCGAAGAUUCGCUGUUCAGCAGUUUCAGAUGGAAAAGAACGCCGGAAAGAGCACCAUCGAACAACGAGCUCGUCGAGCACGGCGAUCUGGAGAAUUUCGAGUACUCUGAACCGUUUGUCAUCAAAUUUCACAACAUUUGCAAGGGUGGCGGCGAGCGGGUGAAUGGGCAGCCAAAAAUGGACGUCGCGUGCCAGUUGGAUGAUUUCAUCGAAGUGCCCAUAAAGGAUGCUGAAAAUUGUUUGGAAUGUAUGACUGAUGAUCGAAUUCUGCUGGAUUCUGUUGAAAUCGAAGUCAAAAUUUGCACGACGACCUGCAAACUCGCUAUUGAAAGUAUCCUGGAAAAAUACGCAGAACGCCGUGAACGCUGCAAGAGCAUCGUAAUGGUGAAGCGGCUCGUCUUCUUCAUCUAUGAUCUCACUUAUGCCAAGGAGCUGGCUCCAAUUCUUGCGAGAAUUGCUCCGAGGGCUUGUAUUGUUAAUUUAGGCAUUCCGAAGACGAAAACCUUCCCGUUGCCACCGCCCAUCGAAUGCCGCUACGUGGCAGAGUUCAUCGCCGAUUUCCUCCGCGGCAGAAAUGCCUGGCAAACUAUUCGUGUGCUCCGUGUCUUCUAUUUCGUCAGUUUGGACCUAAAUUUGCAGAAAAUUCUGAAAAAAUGCGUCUGUCUCCGUCAUCUGACUCUCUCGAAUGUCGAAGAUGUCGGCGUUUUCGAGCUCGACACUGUGAAUUCGGUGCUUUUGGACAGUUGUGAUUUUUCAAUUACCAUGAUGGAUGAAGUUUUCGCAGAGAAGCACCCCCGUCUCUUCCCGAACGCCACCAAUUUUGGAUUUCACCGUUCUCCCAUAAGUCUUUGCCUCAAAGCGCUCAAAGAAUGGUCGAGGGAUCGAAUCGCCGACACGCGCAAAACCUUGUGCUUCUACCAGCCGGAACGCGAUUUUCGAAAAUUUCUAUUCGAGGCUAGCAAACUGUUCGAGGUGGUCGACGACGAUAACGAGCUGGAGGGAGAAGUUCAGAUAAAAGGUCAGAGUGGAGGGUGCCCGUUGAUCACCGUUUUCAAUAAAGAUCGUGUGUACAAGGCGAGAAUUUGAAUUUGGCAGCAUAUUUGGCAGCAGCAUCCGUAUUUAAUUUCCAUUGUUUCUUUUUUUUGUUGUUUCGUUGAAUCUUGUAAAAUUAUUUUUUUUUGUUGAGUUUUGAGUUGUUUUGUGUGUUUUUUUCCCCGGUUUUUUCGCUCAUAAAUAGGUGACCAGUGGU